GCAAAGCAGCGCCCGCGCCACCGCUUGGUCCAGCCCUAGGCCAAAGGGGUAUCAAUAUCAUGCAGUUCUGUAAGGACUUCAACGACAAAACCGCCAAGUACAAGAAAGGAAUACCCGUACCAGUGAUUAUUGACGUCAAGGCCGACCGAACCUUCACCUAUAAGAUGAAGCAGCCACCCGUGUCUUACUUUAUAAAGGCUGCCGCUGGUGUGGAGAAGGGAUCCGGUGAUUGCAAACACAGCAAGAUUGGCACUAUAACGCUCAAGCACGUGUACGAGAUAGCCAAGGUCAAGAAGGCCGAUGUGACAUUAGAUCACCUCUCCAUGCAGGCCCUCUGCAAACAGAUCAUCUCCACUUCGGAAACUAUGGGCAUAGAGGUCAUCAGGGGUGACUGAUGGGAUUGCUAACACCGUCCAAUAAAGUAAUUAGUAAAGUACUGAUCCCUAAUAAACCUCUCGAAGGUUCUCCUUCGAGUCUACCUACAUAGCCAGG